UCAAGUUUGUCAGUCAUGAUCUAUAGAAAUCCUUGCUACGUUUUGUUGCUGCUGAUGAUGUGCUUCUAUGAGGCAAGAACAUUGCCUGCUGUGGAAACAACGAUUGUGGCAACCGGAGUGAAUACAAUAGAGGAGUCGAAUAAGUUGCCAGAGUCCAACGUGGACCCACUCAUCACAGCAACAUCUCAAGAAGCAGGAAACGCUACAAAUCUGGCGACAAGUGGAGCAACUGAAGCGGAGACUGAUCCAUCCCUGUCGGGUGACAAUGAGGCGAGUGCCAGCAACAAUGAGCCCGUGUCCAUCUAUGCGGGCGGACUCAUCACUCCGGAGGCCUUUCAGCAGUAUCUGAAUCAAUAUGGCGGUGCAGCGGGAUUGACACCACUUGGUGCCGCCUAUCCGGCUCCCAUGACUAGCACACCCGGUCUCUAUCCCUAUCCAGGUCCGAUUGUGGUGCAGACGGGCUACGAGGGAUUCUUGGUGCCGGCAAAUGCAGCUGCCAGCUCGGAAAGUGCUUCCGAUGUGAGCACAACUGUAGCUGCGAUUCCUGCUCCAUCUGCCUCCCCCGGCAUGAAUCCUUUGCUGGCCUUUGCCUCCCGAUUACUGCCCACGAUUCUGAUGUCCACGUUGUUUCGCAUUGCCGCCGUUGUUCUCUCCGCCGUGGGCGUCAUUCUUUUCGGAGGCGCCAUCACAAACGCCCUCUGCCGGCUCACGCCCAUCUGCGACAUCCCGAGCAAAGCCGUCCACUACCUACGCUCUGGCGGAGCACAGGAUGUUGGCCGUAUGCUGGCCGAGGAAAUCACUCCGGAACGUGUGCGAAGAACAACGGAAUUUGUCCGGAAUGCCAUUCACAAAUAUCGCCAGCUACAAAAACUCGUCGAUCCAGAUCUGUAAUGGAAUCCGCAUCCUUCCCGACUGAAUUUAAUUGUAAUUGUCUUAGUAAUUGUCUGAAAUAAAAUACAAAUUUAUUUUUUAUUAAACUCA